AUGAUGUCGAAAUUCUUACAAAACAUUUCCAAGGCCAUCUCCCAAGAUCCUGGCUUGCCCCGGCCAAACCCAACAGUGUCUUCGUGGCAAGUCCCCGUCCACCCCUUGGGCUCAAUCCAAUCUCCCAUCCUACCUCAACGGACAGACUUCGCAGUCAUAGGGUCCGGCAUCACGGGCUGCAGCGUCACCAAGACCUUGCUGGAGCACCCGAGCGCCGCAGAUUCUCACGUCACCGUCCUUGAAGCCAGAACCCUCGUGAGCGGAGCGACGGGCCGCAACGGAGGCCACCUCGUCACCGCAUCAGGACACACGUUUGGCCCGUUGGCAGAGCAGCAUGGCUUCGAGGCUGCGAAACAAAUCACACGGUUCAGCAUCUUGAAUGUCGAGCAUAUCAUGAAGAUGGUCAGGGAGAUGGACCAGGACUUGCAAGAUGAGUGCCAGAUCCGCGACGUUCUCAAAGUCAUGGCGGUCGGCGAUGAGGAAACGUGGGCUGCGGCCAAGUCCUCUGUCUUGGAUUUCCAGAAGGCGGUUCCGGAACAUCAGAAUUAUCAUCGAAUUAUCGAGAAAGAGAAUGUCCCUGAGACGUGGAACAUCAAGAACUCUGCAGGGGCCGUUGAGCACAAUGCCGGUGCUGUUUGGCCCUAUCGCCUGCUCAUGGGUAUUUACGAGCGUCUUUUGAAGAACCACCAGAAACGUCUGUCAAUUGAGGCCAACACGCCUGUUUUGAAUGUUACGUUCUCACCAGUAACGGACCAAUCAUACCCCUAUCUCAUCACUACUUCGCGUGGUGUCAUACGUGCGAAAAAGGUCUUCCACUGCACGAACGCUUACGCAUCGCAUUUAAUCCCGCGAUUGACUGGCCGCCUGUACCCCUUCCGAGGAACGAUGUCAGUCCAGAAACCAGGUCCGGCGUUUAAAGAUGAGGGUGGCAAGAGAUCUUGGAGCCUGUCACACAAGGCUUCACUAGAUCCGGAGACGGGGUUCUACGACACCGGUCUUUACUACCUCCAGCAAAAUCCUUUGACGGGGAAGAUCUGGAUCGGAAACGAAACGGCGUACUUGAGAGAUAUUAUUACUUCCGACGACACGUACGUCCCCGAAGAAGCAAAACAAGCUCUGUCCACGGUGCUUCCGAGGCUAUUCCUUGAAGGCUGGGGCUCAAGUAAGACUUCAGAGAUAGAAGCCAUCUGGUCGGGUAUCCAGGGCCACACUGCGGACGGUCUACCGAUCGUCGGGAAACUCCCAAGCACAGUCCUCGAUGACCCUUUUGACGACGGGCAAUGGAUUGCGGCCGGCUUCAAUGGCUAUGGUAUGGAUAAGUGUUGGUUGACCGGCGAGGCUUUGGUCAGGAUGAUGUUCGGGGAAGACGUCGGUGAUUGGUUGCCCCGGGCUUUUGUUGUUACUGAAGAUAGGUUGGAGAAGGGGCUCACUCGCGACAAGACGGUGCUGAAAUUUGCUCAAAUUGCCCUUCCUGGAGGCGUUAGGGACACAAAGCUAUGA